AUGCAUUUCGACGAAACAUCCUUCAACAGAACUCUCGGCGUGACGAGGUUACGUGACUGUGCAGUGCCCUUAUCUUCGCUACAGGCCAGUCAAAUCCUUCCAAAAACCCUGCUUGACUCACAACCUACUUUAAGUGCAAUGGUUCAACAAGAAAGUUCAAGAAGUUCACAAAAAGAAAAAAUAAAGAUUCUCACAGAAAAGUGUGAUAUUCUACAAAGAAAAGUUAGGAGUUUAAAUGAAAAGGUCCGGAGACGUGAUCAAAAUAUUGCCCGAUGCUCUGAAAUCAUCAAACAUCUUAAGGAAAAGAAAUUCAUCAACACCGAAGAGAGUCUCAUUUUGGAAGAAUGUGCAGGACCUGAAGAUUUUCUAACACGGCAAAUUUCAAAAUCUAGAGGUCUGCCUUUAGAAAAAAAGUAUUCAGAGGAAUUAAGGAAAUUUGCCCUUACACUGCAUUUUUACUCGCCCAAAGCGUACGAAUUUAUAAGAAAGACCUACAAUACUUGUUUGCCACACACUCGCACAUUAAGCAAAUGGUACCAACAUAUAGAUGCUGAACCAGGCUUUACAAAAGAAGCUUUUGACACAUUAAAAAGAAAAGUCAAAGAAACAGUGCACCCUGUAAUUUGCGCCUUAACACUAGAUGAAAUGUCUAUUAGAAAAUGUUUAACCUGGAAACCGAUGGCACAAAAAUUGUAUGGUCGUGUUGAUCUUGGUCAUGAUGUAAACAGUGAUAGUGUGGAAGAAGCCAGCCAAUGCUUGGUUUUAUUAUUAACAGCCAUAAAUGGUUCAUGGAAAUUACCAAUUGGAUAUUUUCUUAUCGUAUCGCUUACCGGGGAACAGAAGGCGACACUUGUUCGAACAGCAAUACAAUUGUGUCAAGUUGCUGGAGUAAAAGUCAUCAGUGUCACUUGUGAUGGUCUAGCUGGGAAUUUCAGCAUGUUUACAUCUUUAGGUUGUAAUGUUCUGAGGGAACAAACAUUGAGCAAUUUUAAAAGACAGUAUAGUCCAUAG